AUGUUCAAAGAGGUACCAAACGAUGGUCUGGGCAGACAAAGCCAGUGCCAAGGUCAGAAGAAUGAGAGUGUAAUGAAACAGGCAUACAGCUUCAUAAAGAACAAUCUCAAAGUUGGAACAGAUAUGACCAAGACCACAAUUCCAACUUCAUUCGUUAUGCCAGAGUCAUUCCUAGUGUCCAUUCAACAGAACACAGCAGUUUAUUCUCAUCUAUUGACAAUAGCUGAUUCAAUCCAGGAUCCAGAGAAGAGGUUCCUUCAAGUACUCAAGUUCCAUCUAAUAUGGCCAAGAAUGUAUUUCCCAAGAAAUCCUUUGAAUCCAACACUUGGAGAGGUGUACCAUAAUCAGGUACAUCAUAUGGAUGAAUCGACAAACAAGGUGAUACCAGGUGAUGUGACCAGGUUUGUUUCUGAACAGGUGUCUCAUCAUCCACCAAUAUCUGCCUUUCACUUUGAGAAUGCAAAGCAUGACAUCCAAUACGAUUCUAGUCAACAGAUCACACCAGUGUUCACUGGCAAGAAUAUUCGCGCUCAGAUGGAUGUCAGGACAUCGAUCAAACUAGGUCGUCACAACAACACAUACAUCAAUGACAAGUUCCCAGAUGGAUAUCUACGUCUCUUGCGAUGGAAGUUUGAGUUCUCUGGAAAGUAUACAUUCAUGUGUCCAGAGACUGGGCAUCGUGCGCUGAUCCACUUCAAGGACAAGCCAUUCCUCGGUGGCAAGUGGCAUGAGCUCCACAUCUACGUGUCCAGAGGCAAGGACACUCUGUAUGAGAUCACAGGAUCGCAUGUGGACACCCUUCACAUUACCAACCUCAAAGAUAAGAAAUCGUCAGUGUUCAUCAACUACAAUACUAUGCGCAGGGAACCGAUUGUUGAACCAUCGUUAGACUCGAUGGAGGCUAACAACUCGAUCAGGGUGUGGAAGGGUGUAUACGAUGCCUUUGCAGAUCAGGAUGUUCGCAGGGCUGGUCUAGAGAAGCAUCGUGUCGAGGAGGCCGAGCGCAAGAAGCUGCAACAACCUGAUCUAGUUUACGAUCCUGUUCACUUUAAGUUGGUGGACCAUGCUGGUGAGGCCAACGGUGGUCAGCAGCCCUGCAUCAAAUACCUAAAGUAA